GUGCCCCGCUCCUUGAGGACUUUGAUCUGCUUUUUGCUGGAGUUACUUGGUGGAAACGGUUGGCUGAGAUCACUGAGAGACGGGGCUCGCCUCUGGAACAAGAAAAAGCGCUUCAUUAAAGGGUUGAGACAGUUCGGCAAAAACUUCUUCAGGAUCCGGAAAGAGCUGCUGCCCAACAAAGAAACGGGAGAGCUUAUUACCUUCUACUACUAUUGGAAAAAGACCCCCGAAGCGGCCAGUUGUCGAGCCCACCGACGACACCGCCGCCAGCCCGUCUUCCGCCGCAUCAAGACGCGAACAGCCUCUACUCCUGUCAACACUCCCUCACGCCCCCCCUCCAGCGAGUUUUUGGACCUCAGCUCAGCCAGCGAAGAUGACUUUGACAGUGAAGACAGCGAACAGGAGCUGAAGGGCUACGCCUGCCGCCACUGUUUCACUACCACCUCCAAGGACUGGCACCACGGGGGUCGGGAGAACAUCUUGCUUUGCACAGACUGCCGCAUUCACUUCAAGAAGUACGGUGAGCUGCCCCCCAUAGAGAAGCCUGUGGACCCGCCGCCAUUUAUGUUCAAACCUGUCAAAGAGGAAGAAGAUGGACUCAGCGGGAAGCAUAGCAUGAGGACCCGACGGAACCGAGGCUCGAUGUCGACGCUACGUAGUGGUCGUAAGAAGCAGACCAGUCCUGAUGGCAGAGCCUCACCUACCAACGAGGAUUUGCGCUCCAGUGGGCGUACCUCGCCCAGCGCAGCAAGUACCGACAGCACUGACAGCAAGACGGACUCCAUGAAGAAGCCCAGCAAGAAAAUUAAAGAGGAGGCUCCUUCACCUAUGAAGAGCGCCAAGCGGCCGCGAGAGAAAGGAGCCUCAGACACAGAGGAGCCAGACAGGGCCGGCGUUAAAAAGUCCAAGACACAAGAGCUCAGUCGACCAGACUCGCCCUCAGAGUGCGAGGGGGAGGGGGAGGGCGAGAGCUCUGACGGGCGCAGCGUCAACGAGGAGCUCAGUAGCGACCCUAAGGACAUUGACCAGGACAACCGCAGCUCCUCCCCGAGCAUCCCCAGCCCGCGGGACAACGAGAGCGACUCAGACUCGUCCGCCCAGCAGCUCCUGCAGAGCCAGCACCUCCUGCAGAGCCAGCACCCCCCAGUCAUCCAGUGUCAGCCCGGCCCCUCAGCAGCCUCAGCUGCACUGCCUCCACCCACAACCUCAGCCCCCUCACUGCCCCCACAGGCCUCCCCCACAGCGGCCUCCACCUCUCUACCUCCCCUGUCUCUGCCCCAGCCAAGCCCAAUGUCUCUUAUCCAGUCAGGAGCGUCCCUCCACCCUCAAAGGCUUCCCUCUCCACAUUCACCUUUGGCUCCGCCUCCCGGCCCCCCAGGUCCACCUCCGUCAUUACCCAGCUCGCAUCACGGGCCCAUGCCUCCCAUGCCCCAUCCGCUGCAGCCUGGCCCCUCACACAUGCCUCACCCUCACUCCAUGCCCCCUCAGGGCUUCCCUGUGGGUCAGUCUCAGGUCCCACCCCUUCAAAUCCCUGGCCAAUCACAGCAGAGGUCGCACUCGCCUCCCUCUCAGUCCCAGUCAUCCGCUCAGAGUGGAUGCCAGCCUCCCAGAGAGCAGCCCCUUCCCCCCGCCCCUAUGUCCAUGCCUCACAUCAAGCCUCCCCCAACCACACCCAUCCCACAGAUGCCCAACCCACAGUCUCACAAACACCCGCCCCACGCCUCAGCGCCUCCAUUCCCUCAGAUGCCUUCAAACCUGCCUCCACCUCCUGCCCUCAAGCCCCUCAGUUCUUUACCCAUCCACCAUCCUCCAUUAGCACACCCCCCUCCCCUACAGCUCAUGCCUCAGGGGCAACAGCUCCAGCCUCCACCAGCCCAGCCCCCCGUUCUCACUCAGUCCCAGAGCCUGCCCCCAUCAGCCAGCCACCAACCUCCUCAAGCCCCUCCCCUGCCGCCCUCCGCAGCAGCAGCCUCACACCCCAGCGGACCCCCGCAGCCGACCUUUACGUCGCACCCUUUCAAUACAGUUCUACCUCCGUCAGGCCCUCCCCCCACCUCAUCAAACUCUAUGCCUGGCAUACAGCCGCCUUCCUCCUCCGCUCCCUCCUCCAUCUCCAUGCCACUGCCUGCCUCAGUCCCGUGUGCCGGCCCCGGCCCGGUACUCCCACCUGUACACAUCAAAGAGGAGCCUCUGGACGAGAUGGAGGAGCCAGAGAGCCCCCCACCCCCACAGAGAAGCCCCUCCCCAGAGCCUACCAUCGUCAAUGUGCCCAGCCAUGCCAGCCAGUCGGCACGGUUCUACAAGCACCUGGACCGGGGAUACAACUCGUGUGCUAGGACAGAUUACUACUUCACUCCACUGGCUUCAUCGAAACUGGCCAAGAAGCGAGAGGAAGCUCUGGAGAAAGCCAAGAGGGAAGCAGAGCAGAAAGUUAGGGACGAGAAGGAGAGAGAGAGGGAGAGGGAAAAAGAGCGAGAAAGAGAGCGGGAGCGAGAAAAGGAGCAUGAGCGAGCUGUGAAAGCCAGUUCCUCUCAUGAUGGCAGGAUGGGUGACCCUCAUAUGGGCGGCCCUGUUCACAUGCGGCACCAAUACGACGGGCCCCCCACUACGAUCGCAGCUGUGCCUCCGUACAUCGGCCCCGACACUCCUGCCCUGCGUACACUCAGCGAGUACGCCCGACCCCACGUCAUGUCCCCUAACAAUCGAAACCACCCGUUCUUUGUGUCCCUCAACCCCGCAGACCCGCUGCUGGCCUAUCACAUGCCCGGCUUGUACAAUGCUGACCCGGGCAUGCGGGAGCGCGAGCUACGGGAGCGAGAGAUGCGCGAGAGGGAGAUUCGUGAGAGGGAGCUGAGGGAGAGGAUGAAACCUGGUUUCGAGGUUAAGCCUCCAGAGAUGGACUCACUUCACCCUUCCACAAACCCCAUGGAGCACUUUGCCCGGCAUGGAGCCAUCUCGUUGCCCCACAUGGCCGGCCCUCACCAUUUCGCAGCUUUCCAUCCGGGCCUGAACCCAUUAGAGCGUGAGCGACUGGCCCUCGCUGGGCCCCAGCUGCGGCCAGAAAUGAGCUACCCAGAGAGGUUGGCUGCAGAGAGACUCCAUGCCGAGAGGAUGGCCGCAGUGGCCAACGACCCCAUCGCCCGCCUACAGAUGUUCAACGUCACGCCACACCACCACCAGCACUCACAUAUUCACUCACACCUACACCUCCACCAGCAAGACCCUCUUCACCAAGGUGGGGAGUGUUUAGUGUGUCCUCCAGGCUCUGGGGGCCAUCCCCUGGUAGACCCCCUCGGAGGCCCUCACCUGGCUCGCUUCCCUUACCCCCCCGGCGCCAUCCCCAACGCUCUGCUUGGCAACCCGCAUGAACACGAGAUGCUGCGCCACCCAGUCUUCGGUACUCCAUACCCCCGCGAGCUGCCGCCACAGAUGUCCGCAGCCCACCAGCUGCAGGCCAUGCACGCUCAGUCCGCUGAACUCCAGAGGCUGGCCAUGGAGCAGCAGUGGCUACACGGGCACCAUCACAUGCACGGAGGACCCAUGCCUGGCCAGGAGGACUACUACAGUCGGCUGAAAAAGGAGAGUGACAAGCAGCUGUAACCAUCCCGAGAGGCAGCGACUGACAGGUGCAGGACACGGGAAGAUGUUACAGAGUUGUUCAUUCAGUUUUGAAGAACAGAAAAGGCCAAGUGGAUCGUCUGAGAAUUCUUCUGAUAUUGGGUUUUUGUUCCCGUCAAGGACUCCUUAUUUUUCUUUAUUAUAAUUUUUCAAGACAUUUACUUUCUUUGGUAUAUAGCCAGUAGUGACAACGUCAUCAAGACUCCUGCAUGACAAGCUUCCCUGACUUUUUUUUGUAGGUGCUAGAACAAGACACUGUGCUUAUAAACAAAAAAAAGACAAGACCGGUCAGGCCGUUUAUGGAAAAAUAACAAGUGCUAUCUUAAACUCAACAUUUAUUUUAAUACAUUGUUGAAGGUUUUUCAUAAUUUUAAGAAAAGCUACAGCAUGGCGUUUUUGAGUCUGUAUAUAGUAUAUAUAAACAUAUAAUUAUUAUUAUAAUUAUUAUUAUUACUAGGUGUGGACUCCAAACCAAGUCAUUUCAACCUCCGAUAUAAUUGUUUUGAAGCAUUAUCCCUUGUUUCAGAGGGGAGCACCAUGGCAUUAUAUGAGCAGUUCCUGAGAGAGUUGUGGUUCAGUUGUAACGUUCCUCUGACCUCACUGUGUUAGAUUUAGCCACACACACACACACACACACACACACACACACACACAACACACACACACACACACACACACACACACACACACACACACACCAUGAGAACCAUAUACCUGUCACACACACAUCCAUUCAUCAUACACCUUCAACACACCACAGGUUGUCACAAUGUGUAAACUCAACAUGUUGAGUUAAUCAUUUGAAAGACUUGAAGAGGUGACACAGAGUCACCGAGGUUUCUGUGGAGUGCACACGGAAGCCAUGGAUUUGGAAUGGAAGAAAGAGUUUGCACUGAGAGAAUUUCCUUAAGCUCCACUCAAUUGGUUUUUAUUCUUUUCGCCUUAACUCAAUAACAGAGUCCAGACAUUGGAGUAAUAUUUCAUUUUUUUUUUUUUUUUUUUUUUUCAGAGAUUUUAAUUGUGGACUCCAGAGACAUAUUUGGCUGAGCUGAAGACAUUUUAAAAUGCUUCCAGUUUUUUAAAUGACCAGGACCUGAGUUGUAUCUUUGUUCAUUGUAUCAGGAGGCUAACAUGACUUCAGGAUUGUUUUAAAUGUGUGAAUGGUUUGUGAGUCGGUGCUAUUUGUGUUGUUGACUUCCCCUUUUUCUUCACCUGGUCCGGUCACCCAUGUUCGAUGCAGGGCUCGUGUCUGACUGAGAAUCCUCCAGCUAGGCUGUAAUAAUGUUCACUGUGACACUAGAGGAGGGGCCUGCCGACACGAGACCACCAGGAGCUAGAGGGUCAUGAUUGUGUGCGAGCGUGUGUGUUUUCCUCACAAUGUUUCCGUAUGCCUUGUUUCCUUAGGGAUACACACACACUCCUGGGCCUCGGUGUGUGUGAUUGUGUGUGCCACUGACUGUUACAAGUUGUGUUGACCUGUCAUACCAGUGCACAUGAGCUCAAGUAUUUUAGUUUUGCUGUAGCCAUGAAAGAAGUUCUGGUUUUGUUUCAUGCACUAAGACUGUUUGACCGUCAUGGACAUUUAAAAAACUGUGGCUUUUUUUUUUUUUUUACCAAAUGAAGAAACUGUACUUUUAAAGUGACCAUAUCUUCCCCUUGGAGCACUAUCAUUUACAUUUAAAUGCUUGCAAAUGUCAUCAAACUCACACCCCCUUUUUACAAAUCCGAAAAGUCUUUGAAGCUCCGACAAGAAACCCGUCUCUUUGUCUUGUCAUCUCCCACCGAUCUACAUCUCUCAUCAUCAUCAUCAUUAUCAUCAUCUUUGCCUCGUUUUCCUGACGAUUCCCUUGCCUUUUACUCCCUCUUUUUGUGUCUCCAAAACCUUUGAUGUUAAGUGUUGUCAAUGGUUUAGCUUCUUGUUUCAAAGCGGCAAUAGCAGAAUGUAAAUUCUGACUGCUAAGAUUUAUAUAUAUACUGGUAUCUUGAAGCUUAUUGUAUAUAUGAGUAGUCGCCAUGGGAUGACACAAUGUAAACAAAAAGUAGAAAUAAUAAGAAAAAUUGUGAGUCCUGUGUUCUCUCCAUUUGAGUAUUUUGUAAUUUUUUUGAAAAAUUUGUGGAAUUAAAAUAAACGACUAAGUUACACCACAGGAA